GCUCCGGUGCCGCUGUGGUACCGGUGUAGCGCUGGUGUCCUACCGGUGCUUUCCCCGCCGGCCCCGCCAUGGCGCCGCCGGUCCCUGCCCCGCCUCACCCCUCCGACCCUCGCUAGCCUAAGCCGAGCCGCUGUCAUGAGUGCGCGGCAGCCGGACGCUCCCGCGCUGGAGCAGGGCGGCGGCCCCCGCCCGGGCAAGAUGUCGCUGCCUGUCGGCGUGCCGCGGCGGGCCUUCAGCUACGACGAGGGCUUGGAGGACACGGCGCCCAUGACUCCGCCGCCCGCCGACCUGUGCGCCAGUGUCCUGUGGAAGCAGCCGGUCAUCCCCGAGCGCAAAUACGAGGAGCUCUCGAAGAUCGAGGAGGGGGAUGCUAACAUGAAUGCAUCUGUCAUAACUCCAUCAUCGUCUACUGAAAGUGUGAACAAGGUACCUGUGGUGAAGGCCAAGGCCACUCACAUCAUCAUGAACUCUCUCAUUACAAAGCAGACCCAGGAGAGCAUCCAGCGCUUUGAGCAGCAGGCAGGGCUGAGGGAAGCUGGCUACACCCCUCACAAAGGCCUCACGACUGAGGAGACCAAGUAUCAUCGAGUGGCUGAGGCAGUCCAUAAGCUAAAAAUGCAGAAUGGAGAGAUGACAAAAGAUGACAAGCAGAGUUCUUCUGCUCAGUCUACUCCAAGCAGUACUCCCCAGUCUUCUCCCAGGCAUAAAAACAGGAGUUGGUUUAGUCAGGGAUCCUCUACUUCUCUAACUGGUCUAGACUUUACCAUGGAAACUGGUGGGGACAAAUUGCCAUCUGAAAGAUGGAGCUUUUUUGGACCCAAAACCAUCCAGAAAUCCACCAAUGAUCCAGGAGGAUUUACCAUCCAGUCCUAUAAGGGUGCCCAGAAGCCAUCCCCAAUGGAGCUGAUGCGUGCUCAGGCUACUAGGAUGUCAGAGGAUCCAGUCACCUUCAAGCCACCCAAAAUGGACACUUCAGUCACAGAAGGGAGGAAACAAUCUCCACGGUCCCAUAAUGUCAAACCUCGGGAUCUGAAUGUGCUGGCUCCCUCUGGGUUCUAGGAAGAAUGCUUCUGGUGUCUUUAGCAUCCUACAGGGUGUCUUAGGCUCUGCUUCCUUGUCCCAUUGUGCAGUAAAAUAGGAAAACCUCCCUUCCAGCUCUUCAUCUCAGAAGAGGGCACAGUUGUGAAUGUCCUUCUAAAGCCAGUCUUGGAAAAACCCCUGCACUAGUACAAAACCAAUGUAAACCAUCCUGUCUGCUGUGCUGCACCAGUUUGGUCUGCUAGGCUGCACUAGCUGUGCUUCCUGGUACACUACACUGCAUUAGAACCUGGAAUCAUGUGUUGUGGGCCAGUCCUGCGUGUGGUGUGCAAGCAAGCUGGCUUGGCUAUGUGUAGUCUGAUUGUCUUGUCCUGCUCAGUGCUGAAGUACCCUCAGGAGGACUGUGGUUCUGUGUGGCAUGUGCAGAACACCAGCAGAAAAUGAUGGAAACAAUCAAAGACUAAUAAUUGGACCAUUAACUACCAGGAGGAAGAAGUUGCUGUGGGAAUGUGGAGGGUCAGUUGUAGAUGUGGUGCUCCCUUUACUAUCCAAUGUGACCUUACAGUUCGACACCUCGUAA